AUGGCACAGGUACCCAUACUAAAAGACAAACAGCCUCAGGGCGCGCAGUUCGAAGCGACACGGAAUUGUCCGAUGACACAGCGUUGCCACUCCCGCCAUACUCCAGCAACGGCCGAUGAACCUGGCGUUGGCCGCAUGUGUAAACCUCCGCGCAUGAGGCUACUGCAAGCCAUACUCAAACGCCAUCAUAAGAAAGCUAUUGGCUCAAAGAUUGGAAGGGCUGGCCAUUUUGCGACCCUAGCUGCGCCCGCCUCUUUGUUUGCUCGGCGGAACGCCACAAAGAACUACGCCUUGGAAAACGGCAAAGAACGUGCCAUAUCAGCAAAAUCUGGCUGA